AUGUUUUCUGGAGCCAUAUUCAUCAAGGUGGCCUUGGGAUUGGACCUUUACCUGGCAAUUUUCAUCCUCUUGGCUCUUACUGCCAUUUAUUCCAUCACUGCAUUUGCCGAAGUUGGAGGUUACGAGAGUUUCACGGAAAAGUACAUGAAUGCCAUCCCAUCCAUAGUUGAAGGGGACAACCUGACAAUCGACGCCAGGUGCUACACUCCUCAGGCGGACUCCUUCCACAUUUUCCAAGAUCCUGUCUCUGGGGACAUUCCAUGGCCAGGAAUGAUAUUGGGAAUAUUCAUUACAUCUCUGUGGUACUGGUGCACAGAUCAGUUGUGGGCUGUGCCUGUUUCAGCCUCACGGAGCUCACCUCUGAAUCCUUCCUCAGAUAAGGUGGCCUGCAUCGUGCCUUCUGAGUGUGUGAAACAGUGCGGCGUUGAAGUUGGCUGCAGUAACUAUGCCUACCCAACGUUGGUGCUGGAACUGCUGCCGGCAGGGCUGAGAGGCCUGAUGCUGUCGGUCAUGCUGGCCUCCCUCAUGAGCUCACUGACCUCCAUCUUCAACAGCGCCAGCACCCUCUUCACCAUGGACAUCUACACCAAGGUGCGGAAGCAGGCGUCGGAGAAAGAGCUUCUGAUAGCAGGACGGAUAUUUUUCCUCGUAGUAACUGUCGUCAGCAUCAUGUGGGUUCCACUAGUACAGGUAUUUCGAAAUGGACAGCUGAUCCACUACUCAGAAUCAAUGGCUAGUUACCUCGGGCCUCCAAUUGCAGCUGUCUUCCUGCUGGCCGUCUUCUGUAAAAGAGUCAACGAGCAGGGAGCAUUCUGGGGUCUAAUCAUUGGAUUUGUGAUGGGCCUUAUUCGUAUGAUCGCAGAGUUUACCUACGGAACAGGGAGUUGCUUGGCUGCCAGUGACUGUCCCAAGAUUUUGUGUGGCGUGCACUACCUGUACUUUGCCAUCAUUCUCUUCUUUGUGACCACACUUGCCGUCCUGGGAAUUUCCCUCUUAACAAAACCCAUUCCUGACGUACACAAGACAGGACCCAAGCUGACCAAGGAGGAGGAGCAAGCCCUGAGGCAGAAGCUGACUGACACGUCUGAGAGGCCCCUGUGGAAGACCAUAGUGGACGCCAAUGCCAUCCUCCUCCUGGCCGUAGUGGUCUUUACUUAUAGCUAUUUUGCCUGA